AUCGUGUAUGGAGGUCACAUCACAGACGACUGGGACAGAAGACUCUGUAGAACCUACCUGGAGGAAUAUAUGCAGCCCAACCAGGUGUGUGUGUGUGUUACGAUUGUGAUGAUAGUGUUAAAAAUAAACCUACACCCUUUCCAUCCUGUUUCUCACCAGUUUGACAGGAAGUUGGCUCUGGCUCCGGGCUUUGUGGUUCCCUCCAACCUGGACUACCAGGGUUACCAUGGUUACGUAGAUGAGAUGCUGCCCCACGAGAGCCCGGUGCAUUAUGGACUACACCCCAACGCAGAGAUAGAGUUUCUGACGGUGACCUCUGAUAACCUCUUCCACACACUGCUGGAGCUGCAGUCACCUGAUUCUGUGAUGGGAGAGGGGGCUUCACAGACCGUAGAGGAGAAGGUGUGUGUGAGAGACACACACACACACACACCAGGCAUAUUCAUAACAGACACACUCAUAGCAGACACACACAUACAGCGGACCCACACACACUCAUCCCUCAUCCUCCCUGCAGGUGAAGACCAUCCUAGACGAGGUGUUGGAGAAGCUUCCAGAAGAGUACAACAUGUCAGACAUCACGUCUAAGACUGCUGAGAGAUCACCAUACAUCCUGGUCUGCUUCCAGGAGUGUGAACGUAUGAACACGCUCAUCUACGAGAUACGACGCUCACUCAAGGAGCUGGACCUGGGGCUGAAGGUGGGUUAGGGGCUAGGGGUCAGCUGGGAAAUUAGACUAGGACUGAUAGAUGACAUAAGGGUGAAUUGGUAGUUGUCUCUCAUAACAGUGAUGUUUUUUUCUCCUUCCAGGGUGAGCUGGCUAUCUCCUCAGAGAUGGAGCAGAUCCAGUCAGCUCUGUUCUUUGAUAACGUCCCAGACACCUGGACCAAACUGGCCUACCCCUCCACUUACAGCCUGGCCCAGUGGUGAGUCACUGUGUGUACUCUCCCACUGUCCCAACGUGUACUUAAGAUGAUGUGUUGCUAUGUGUGUGUGUGUGUUUACCAGGUAUAAUGACGUGUUGCUGCGCUGUAGAGAGCUGGACAGCUGGACACAGGACCUGGCUCUGCCCACCGUCGUCUGGCUGUCUGGACUCUUUAACCCACAGUCCUUCUUAACAGGUAACAUACACGCACAUCCCCCUACACACUUACAAACAACAUACCCAACCAACUUAUGUUGUAACUGUCAGUUGCCUCUUGGUAUUCUCUGUUCAGUGGAAUUAUUUGCUCAACUACCCUCUCUCCCUCCAGCGGUGAUGCAGUCUCUGGCUCGUAAGAAUGAGUGGCCGUUAGAUAAGAUGAACCUGACUGUGGAUGUGACUAAGAAAUUUAAGGAAGAGUUCAACCAGCCUGCCAGAGAGGGAGCAUACGUAUACGGACUAUACAUGGAAGGUAUACACUCCUCUCCUUCUCAUGAACACAUACAUCCUAGUUCAUUUAUCUUCAUUUUUCCCUCUUUGUCCCAUAGGUGCAAGAUGGGACACUCAGGGUGGGGUGAUCACUGAGGCUCGUCUGAAGGAGUUAACCCCCUCCAUGCCAGUCAUCUCAGUCCGAGCCGUACCUAACGACAGACAGGAGACGCGUAACAUCUAUGAGUGUCCCCUGUACAAGACCAAGCUGAGAGGAACCACUUAUGUCUGGACCUUCAGCCUCAAGACCAGAGAGAGACCAGCCAAGUGGGUACUGGCUGGGGUGGCACUGCUGCUCAGUGUGUGA